UUCAACUCGACCCCUGCGACAUAGAACCUACCACCACCCUCUUACAACUGGCGCCCAACGUGGGGCCCGUCACCUACAAGCAGUAUACGCCUCACCUCCACUACACCUGGUGCACAACGUGAGCGGCGAAGCCCCGCUCCGCUCCUACAAUCUGGCGGCCAACACGAGCGAAACUAACACCACAGGCUCAAAGUCCUACGUUACAAGAUCGGGUCGAGUUACGACAUCAUUAUACAAGAAAAGAAAAUCAAGCAUGGCGUUAACAACAGAACAAUUCCAAAAACUGCUGGAUCAAAACUACAUGCAGCAGCAAGCCCUCAUUGCCGCCUUAACUAGGCAAAAAGGCGGAAACAUGACCAAAUGCAAAUCCUUCUUUGACGGAGAGAAAGAAACAGAAAAGGUGGAGUCUUUCCUCUCUGCUAUUACUCUAUUCAAAAACCUGGAAGGAAUUUCUGAUGAAGACUUCAUUCAAGGCUUACCCUUGGUGCUACGCGGAGAAGCCGGUAUCUGGUGGCAGGGUGUCAAGAAUGAAAUAGCAACAGUAGCAGAUUUUGAAUCACGUUUAAGAGAAAAGUUCUCACCACUAAAACUUCCUCAUCUAUUAUACCAGGAACUGAUGAGUAUCACUCAAGGCACGUUAGAAUCAACGGAGAAUUUCAUUACAAAGAAAAGAAUGCUAUUUUCGCUUCUUCCCGAGCCCAAGCACUGUGAGCGACAGCAGAUUGAUAUGAUUUAUCAUUUACUGCGUCUGGAUAUACGUGACAAGGCGCCGCGAACAUCCUUCACCACCUAUAAUCAGCUGAUAGAGACGGCAAAAGGGAUAGAGCAAAUAAACAACGAAAGGAAGAUAAGCCAUCCCAACGCCCCAUAUGUCCAACAUUCCAAAAUUCGUUGUUCGUUUUGCAAGAACCCCGGACAUUCAGUUUCAGAGUGCCGCAAGAAAAAAAAAAUUGAGUCCCGAGCCGAACAAUCUCAAACAUCAAAAUACGGUCAGGCGCAAACACAGGCCCCGUCACCGUCACAACCGAAAUUUUCUUGUUACGGCUGCGGUGCACCAAAUGUAGUUCGCACGAAUUGUCCUACAUGUUGUCAGAAAACGAUAAAACCAAUCAUAAAGAAAGAGGAAAUCGGGUUUUGCUCACUAAGCAUCCGCCACGAAACAAAGCCACGCCCAGUAAUACCUGCAACCAUAGGAGGAAUAAAAGGAUUUCCCUAUGUUGAUACUUGUGCUAAGACAAAUAUUGCCUCAUACUCAUUAUAUUGCCGCCUCUUGGAACAAGGAUAUGGAUUUAAAGAAGAAAAAGUAGAACUUACCUUAGCAGAUGGAGUGUCUAGGUGUUGCAAAGUAUUAACGGUACGUGUGGAUGUUGAAGUUUAUGAUAGAGUGUUCCCUACAACUUUUAUGAUCUUACCUGAAUCCAGAAAGAAUAAAACCCUACUGGGCAUAGGAUUUCUAACAACAGCAAUGAUGGUAUUGAAUUUGCCGCAAUUCACAUGGCACUUCGUGGAUAACCCCGAUGAUGUACACGAAUUGUUUACGGAAGAUUUCGUGAAGUUCAAGAACGAAGAAUUCGCAUCACGACAUGCAGCCAUACCAUCGACAAUAUGUGCACCGGUUAAUGCAGUAACCUGGAGUUCCAAUGCAAGUACAUUGUCAUCCGACACAGAGAGUUUAGUUUCUGUUCCGGACCCGAAGAACGAGGCAAGCCUUCCGCAUAAAACUGAACAAAUGAAUAGGAAAUAUGAGCUCAGAGAGAUCAAUUUUGGAACUCCUAAACGUGUCAAAACCCUGUUUGAUGGUUAUUCGCCUAGAUUGAAUUAUAUGUACCGAGAUGCUCAAAUAAACAUUCAAAUGCAAGAUGUAGAGUUAUCUCCAAAUUCACUAGCAUUGUUUCCUGACGUUGGUAUUAAUACAGUGGAUAUAGAUUUGCCUUCUGAUAUUGAAUUAAGCCCAGAUCAUCAAAACCAACUUAAGAACUUGCUCUCGACUUUUGAAGACGUUUUUACACCAAAUAGUGAGCCAGCAAAAUACGCGCAACAUGCUAUUAAUACUGCAGAGCAUGGCCCUAUCUCGGUCCCGCCUUACCGUCUAUCUCCACCACGCCGUGAAAGAUUUGAAACCAUAGCUAUCGACCUGUUCGGUCCACUACCGUCUGCCCCAGAUGGAAAGGCUUGGAUCCUGAUAGUACAAGAUAACGCUACGCGCUGGGUUGAACUUUUUGCCUUAGAAAGUGCAACAGCAGAAGCAUGCGCCGAAACUUUACUCAAUGAGGUAAUUCUAAGAUAUGGACUCCCAAGGCGCUUGACAAGCGAUAACGGAAGUCAAUUUGUGAGCGCAGUUAUGCAAAAGUUAUGUUUUUGCCUAGGAAUCAAGCAUACCUUCACACCAAUAUAUCAUCCUCAAGCAAACCCUGUGGAGAGGCGUAAUAGAGAUCUUAAAACGCAGCUCGGAAUCUUAGUUGAAGGCAAUCAUAGUAGCUGGCCUGAGAAGCUCCCAAGUAUUCGUUUUGCCAUGAAUACGUCUGUCUGCACUUCAACAGAAAAGACACCUGCCUACCUGACCUUCGGGAGAGAGUUAAGAACGACCGACGAUAUCCAACAUGAUUUCCGUCAAAUCGUUGAAUCUGAAAACUUUAUUGCUGAAAUCACGCCAAAGCUCAAAAGCUUAGCAUAUACUAUUAAGAAAGCCAGAGAAGUACAAGAAAUGAAGGAGGAAGCUCGUAAGGAGUAUUUUGAUAAGCAAAGACGGCAGAGUCCCCGUUAUAAGGCCAAUGACUUAGUUCUAGCCAACAUUCACCCUAUAAGCAAAGCAUCUAAAGGCUAUAGUUCUAAAUUAACCCCAAGAAGGGAUGGACCAUAUAUGAUAGUAGCACAGGUCGGUCCAGCCUCCUAUAAGCUAGCAAACAUUGAUGAUCCUGAUACAGUCAUUGGAACAUAUCAUGCAUCAUCACUUAAGCCCUAUAUUGGAUCUAGGGAAGAACUGCCAGCCCCGGUCCAACCCCUACGGAAGAGGGGACGUCCUCGAAAGAAUAAAUAA